UUCACAAACUACUACUACCAAUCAUCAGCAUAUAUAAAACAACUCAAUCCAUCUCAACUCUUCACUUCUUCUCAAUCAUCUUUCAAUCCUAAAAACAAAUCGCAAUGUCAUCCUUACCACCUUAUGCAGUCACCAACAGUCCAUUACCAGUUCUGAUCAGUAAACCUUUAGAUCUCAACAAACAAGCUAUCGAAGUGCCAGGUAGUCGUAAACCGGGUCAAACGGGUCAUUUUCGUAAUGCAUUGUUUCCUGAUUUCACUACGGUAGAAGAACCAGGCAAAAACUUUCCAAAAACAGAAUAUGAAUCAUUUAAUCAUGGAUUAGGGGUAGGAUUCGAUAAACCUUGUUUAGGACAUCGACCGAUCAAUCCGACAACUGGAGACUUUGAACCAUAUUUCGUUUGGCAAACUUAUGCUGAGAUUGAUAAACGUCGAACUGAGUUUGGUAGUGGAUUGAUCAAGUUAAGGAAAGAUGGAUUACUUGGAUCAGGUGAUUUGUCAGGUUGGACCGUAGGUAUCUGGACUCAAAACCGACCUGAAUGGCAAGUUUGUUAUCAAGCUUGUGCAGCUUAUUCUUUAGUGGUCGUAUCACUUUAUGAAACACUAGGACCUCAGAUUGUAGAAUAUUGUAUCAAUCAUUCAGAUACAAGAUUAGUUAUGGCUUCGGCAGUUCAUAUUCCUAACCUCUUGACCAAUGCGACGGCAUAUCCUGCUUUAAAAGUCAUUGUGUCGGCUGAUCCUUGGGAUUCUUUGGAACCUCUACCGAAGCCUAAAUCUGGAUCGAUUGGGGAUAGGAAGAAUGCUUUGAAACAGUGGGGAAAACAACUUGAUAUUCUCGUGCUCGAUAUCUCUGAACUUGAAGCUAUCGGUAGAGAAAACCCAUCGGCACAUAUUCCACCAAGUCCUUCCACUACAAUGUCGAUUUGUUAUACUUCUGGUACCACUGGUUUACCAAAAGGAGCUAUCUUAUUACAUCGUUCAAUGGCUGCUUCAGCUGUUUCUAACUUACAUGGCAAUACAUUUGUGGGCGUUGAAGAGAUGUAUCUGUCUUAUUUACCUUUAAGUCAUAUCUUUGAAAGGUUUUUACAAUCUACUUGUUUUGCUAUUGGUCAACCUAUUGCUUUUGCUUGUGGUGAUAAUUUGAGAUUAUUAGAAGACAUCAAGAUCGCUAAACCCACUCGAUUUGUUAGUGUACCAAGAGUUUUGAACCGAAUCUAUCAAGCAGUAAAUGCACAACUAGAUCAACCUGGUUUUAAAGGGUUCUUGGCCCGAAAAGCUUUAGCAAGUAAAUUAGAUCGAUUAAGAUCAACAGGAUCGAUUUAUCAUCCUUUUUGGGAUCGAAUCGUCUUUAGUAAAGUUAAAGAAGCUUUAGGUGGUCGAGUUAAAUUGAUUGCGAGUGGUUCGGCUCCUAUUGCUCCUGAAGUCUUGGAGUUUCUUAAAGUGGCUUUUGUGACUGAUGUUAUUGAAGGUUAUGGGGCUACUGAGAACACGGGCACGACUACUAGGUGUUGGGCUGAUGAUCCUGAACCUGCUGGAACUGUUGGAGCACCACAAGUGGGUGUGGAAUUUAAAUUGGUGGAUGUACCUGAUAUGAAGUAUUUUUCUACUGAUAAACCUUAUCCACGUGGUGAGAUUUGUGUAAGAGGAGAAGUUUGUAUUCCUGGAUACUUGAAUGAUGAAACGAAAACUAAAGAAUUGAUUGAUUCAGAAGGAUGGCAACAUUCAGGUGAUAUUGGAUUAGUAGAUGAAAAAGGUAGAUUAAAGAUUAUCGAUCGAAUUAAAAACUUAUUGAAACUAUCGCAAGGAGAAUAUGUUGCAUUAGAAAAGGUUGAAGGGACUUAUUCACUUAACAAUCUGAUUGCUCAAAUCUUUGUUCAUGGUGAUUCAUUGGAAUCUCAUUUGAUUGCGGUCAUUGUACCUGAUCCAAUCACUUUUGGUCCAUUUGCUAGUAAAGUAUUGGGAAAACCUAUUGAGGGUGAAUCAGAGAUGAAAUCAGCAUGUGAAGAUAAGAAGGUCAUUGAAAGGUUUUUGAAAGAAUUGAAUUUAUCGGUUUCGGAAAAGUUGUUGGGAUUUGAAAAAGUUAAACAAAUCUAUUUAACUUUAGAACCGUUUACGACUGAAAAUGAUUUAUUGACUCCUACACUGAAAUUAAAAAGGAAUGUCGCUAAGGAAAAGUUUGGGAAUGUGAUUAAGAAGUUGUAUGAUGAAGCAAGAGGUGAAAUAAAUAAAUCUAAGAUCAAAUUAUAGAUUGAUUUGUGGGUCGAAGGCUGUGAUAGGGGGUAUGGAAAAGUGUAGGAGUAAAAUGAGUUCAGAAUGAGUUUGGGUAUGGAUUGAAUUGCGGUCAGAAUCGGAUUUUGGGUUUUUGUUUGGUAUAAGGGAUUGCGGGAUGAGAAAGGUGUAGGUUAAGUUUGGGUGUAGGUUUAAGGUUGGGUGUAGGUCUUACUGUAGGAUUGUUUUUUUUGUGGUGUGGGUGGGACACUUGUUGUAGGGUUUGGUUCACAGUUUUGUUUUAUUUAAAAACAUUUCUUCAUUUCAGUUUUUCUUUGUCUCAUUUUUUAUCUCAGUUUCUAUUUGACUCAUUUUUUUUCUCAGUUUCUAUUUGUUGGUUUGAGUUGAUGAAGUUUUUAGUGGGUUAAGGUUUUUCUUAGUGGUUUAUGAAUUUUGAUGAAAUUAUGUGUUUCUUGAUAUGUUUUGUAAGAUUUGAAAAGAUGGUUUUUUUUUCUG